GCUGAGCGGGGAGAAGCGGGCGAGCAGGCGGCAGGCACGGUCCGUGUGCUGAGCAGGCGAGCGAGCGGGAAGACGCAACCACCUUCCUCACCAGCCAGCCCACAGCGGUUUGUUCCCUUUCUUGGGAGUGCGCCAAUGCCUGGGCCGACCCAAACCCUGUCCCCAAAUGGCGAGAACAACAACGACAUCAUCCAGGAUAACGGGACCAUCAUUCCUUUCCGGAAGCACACUGUGCGCGGGGAGCGUUCCUACAGUUGGGGAAUGGCAGUCAAUGUGUAUUCUACCUCGAUAACCCAAGAGACUAUGAGCAGACAUGACAUCAUUGCAUGGGUUAAUGACAUAGUAUCUUUAAACUACACAAAAGUGGAGCAGCUUUGUUCAGGAGCAGCCUAUUGCCAGUUCAUGGAUAUGCUUUUUCCAGGCUGCAUUAGUUUGAAGAAAGUAAAAUUUCAAGCGAAGUUGGAGCAUGAGUAUAUUCACAAUUUUAAACUUCUGCAAGCAUCAUUUAAGCGAAUGAAUGUCGAUAAGGUAAUCCCAGUGGAGAAGCUAGUGAAAGGACGUUUCCAGGACAACCUGGAUUUUAUUCAGUGGUUUAAGAAAUUCUACGAUGCUAACUACGAUGGGAAGGAGUACGAUCCUGUGGAGGCACGACAAGGGCAAGAUGCAAUUCCUCCCCCUGACCCUGGUGAACAGAUCUUCAACCUGCCCAAGAAGUCUCACCAUGCGAACUCCCCCACUGCAGGUGCAGCUAAAUCAAGUCCAGCAUCUAAACCGGGAUCCACACCUUCUCGCCCCUCCUCUGCCAAAAGGGCUUCCUCCAGUGGCUCAGCAUCCAAAUCUGAUAAAGAUUUAGAAACACAGGUCAUACAGCUUAAUGAGCAGGUACAUUCAUUAAAACUUGCCCUUGAAGGUGUGGAAAAGGAAAGAGAUUUCUACUUUGGGAAGUUGAGAGAGAUUGAGCUACUCUGCCAAGAGCAUGGGCAGGAAAAUGAUGACCUCGUGCAGCGACUAAUGGAAGUACUCUAUGCUUCAGAAGAACACGAGGGCCACACAGAAGAGCCGGAAGCCGAGGAGCAAGCCCAUGACCAGCAGCCCCAGCAGCAGGAAGAGUACUGACCCGUCUCAGCAGCUCUUGACACUUCCAUUGUGCGUGGGAACUUUUCUUCUGGAGAAUUGGAACACGUGCAGCCUCAAGCUCAACAGAAACCAGUUGUUCCCAGUCUGCCGUUACCAUCAAUACACUGUUGCGUAUGCCAGCCA